AUGUCAGAGAAAUUAAGUGAUAUGGGUGAGGCGCAAACUACCAAGGUUGGUAAUCAGGUUGGCAAUGAACAAAGAAACAACGAGAAUUCCAAAGCGAUAGAGCAACAAAAUGCUUUAAGUGAUAUUUCCAUAGGCGAGGUGCAGACAAUCAUGGAUGGUAGUCAAGAUGUUAAUAAGGAAACAAAUGACAAGAAAUUCGAAGCGAUAGAGCAAGAACAUGCUCAGCCUUUAUCUCAUGUUAUGGCUGGAGAUAAAAGCCCACCCAAGAAGCGAAAGUUCGAAUGA